UUUGCUGUUAUUUUGGGGCUAUUUGUGGGGCGAAUUGGGAGCUCGUACAUUGCUUUGGCCAGUCGUCGAUAAAUUCCGUUAGUGGCAACAAGUGGAAAAUGUGUUUGUGAUCUCCAACGCAGAAAAAUAAAAAUUGCAUUUUAAGUGAAAAUAAAGAAAUGUUAUGAGCAUUGCAGUUUUCAGUACGUUUACACCGCACGGGUCACCUAUAUAAAAAGGGCAUUGCUCCUUGCGUGCUUUCCAAGAAUUUUCAGCAAGUUGCAUCAAAACAAUCGAUAUCAUCACUACUGUGACCCAUAAAAAGUAAACAAAAACUAAAAGUCAGCUGUUACAAAAAAAUGUACCACUGAAAACACAACUUAAGCAAACACACAUUAAAUUAUUCAAAAAUACUAAAGACCCUUUAACAUAUAAAAUAAAAGUGAAAUUAUUGUCGACACAUGGAUGACGAGUUGGAGGAUAAAGUCUUUUACCAAGCAUACGUUUCCCACAUGAAGAUUCUAUCGAAAUUCGCUGUGGGCUUUUCGUCCAUCAAUUCGCCACUGGCGUACAUAUGGAAAUUAUGUCGCCUCUAUCUACUACGACCCGAAGUGAUAUUUUUCGGUGUGAUUCUUUUCAUAUUUUUAAUUUACUUACAAGCUGUUGAUGCCUGGAGUCGUGGCCUAUUGGGACGUAUACAGACGACACUUGGACGUCAGAAGGGAAAUCGUCUGAAAUUGACGAGUGAGGCAAGCGGUCAUGGUGAUUAUCAAAGUUGGGAAGAGGUGCGUCAGCAAAGUGCCGUAUAUGCGUUACUCGGACGACGGCCACGCAUGGAAGACAGAUACAUCAUCGAAGAGAAUAUCAAUAAUAACACGGGCAUCUCAUUUUUUGCCAUCUUCGACGGUCAUGGCGGUGAAUUUGCGGUGGAUUUUGCCAAAGAUAUUCUAGUGAAGAAUAUUUACAAUAAAAUUAUCGCAACAACAAAGCUGCUGGGCAAUCAACAACACCUGUCCGAAAGCAAUAAAAAUGCCGCACUCGAUGCUGAUUACGCGGAAUAUGACGCGAGUCCAUACCUGAAGCGGCGUGCAAGUCGUAAAGAUGAGAGCAAUAAGGAGAAUAAUGAGCCGUCAGUGCGGCGACGAGACAGUCUGCGUAAGGCACACAGUACCGCAGAUGAUUGCAAGACACCAUCGAGUGGCAAACAGCAAAAGGACACCGAUGUUUUCACAUCCAAACUGAACUCUUUAAUGCGCAGCAGCAAUGCGGCUAAGGAUGCUCUAUUCGGUGGCGGCAAGGAUGCCGGUAGCGACGGUGGUAAAUCAAAUGGACCACCACAGAAUUUCGACGCCAAAUGUUACAUUGAAAAUGGCAAAGUUAAUUAUGGUAAAUUGAUCACAGACGAAGUCUUGGCCGCAGACUAUAAACUGGUUGAGGCAGCAAAAAAGCAGACCAACAUUGCCGGCACCACAGCACUGAUCGCCGUCAUCGAGGGCAGCAAAUUGACCGUUGCGAACGUUGGCGAUUCGCGUGGCGUUAUGUGCGACUCACGUGGCAUAGCGAUACCGCUGUCAUUCGAUCACAAACCGCAGCAGGUGCGUGAGCGCAAGCGUAUACACGAUGCUGGCGGCUUCAUCGCAUUUCGCGGCGUUUGGCGUGUGGCCGGCAUAUUGGCGACAUCUCGUGCGCUUGGCGAUUAUCCCUUGAAGGACAAAAAUCUAGUCAUAGCCAAUCCGGAUAUAUUAACCUUCGACCUGAAUGACCACAAACCCACAUUUCUGAUACUCGCAACGGAUGGCCUGUGGGACACCUUCAACAAUGAGGAGGCCUGCACUUUUGUCAAAAAGCAUCUGCACGAGGCGGAUUUUGGCGCCAAAGCGUUAACGAUGGAAUCAUAUCAACGUGGUUCCGUGGACAACAUCACCGUGCUGUUGGUGGUCUUUCGCAAUGGCAACUAUCGCAUCAGUUCAGCUACAACAACGAGCGCCACUGCAACGAAGAACCAUAAUGCAGCUGCAGCUGCUGCUGCAGGCGCGGUGUCAGCGUCAGCGUCUGUUAAAUUUCCCGUAACAAAUAAUGCAGCGAAAUUUCCCGUGACAAAUUUAAUUCGUUCGAAUAGUGGCGUUACUGCGAAGUAAAUCUGCUGAAUUACACUCACACACGCACACAAAUCGAAUUGUGUAUGUAUGUAUGUAUAUUGCAUCAUCAUCAGCAUAAGCAUUGAGUUGAGUACGCCGACAAAUGAAAUGAGCUGCAGCGUUAGUGGAAUUAGGCAAACGAAAGCGGAGAGUGGGAGAAAAUAUGUAUUUUUAAAUUAUUUAAGUGCCCUGUUACUAGUUAUUAAGCAAUUUCGUUCUAAACCAAAACAUAUACGAAUGUGUAAUAUGUUUACACAUACACACACACACGCAUAUAUUAUACAUAUAUAAAAAGCAAACUCGCGAAUGCUAUAUUAAUGCAUAUUCAUCUAUGUAUGUAUGGAUGUGGGUAUUAAUUAAUAAUACCACCUUUUUUAUGCAACCUCCUGCGUAGCAACGUAAUAAUCUUACACUUGCAACAAUAUUUUAUUUGUAACAACAACAGCAACAACAACGCUAGCUACUACUUAAACUCGUUGCAACACUGCUUACUCUUUUCGUAUUUAUUCGGUUUUCAAGAAAAUGCCUUGCAAAUUAUGAGUAUGUGCAUAAGAAUCCCCCUGAUAAUUUAAUUAUAUAAAUUACGAACUAUAUUUAGGAAUUUUUAAAAUUAGUCAAUACACGAAUGUUUAACGAAAAUAUAAUAAAAUUUAAAUGAAAACAUUAAA